GACUAGAGGCAACCCCAGCCAGUCAGUUACGUGAAGCACCAGUUUACUCUUGCCCGUCUCAUCGUGUCUCGGUGCUGGCUCCUGGCUCUCCUGGCUCCUGAGGGCGUGUAGUGUCAGCAGUGCCCACACCUACCAAGUCAGAGCACCAUGCUGGCCCUGGGCAGGAGGAUGGGCAGUGCAGUGCAGUGUGCCUUGGGGCUGCUCACAAGAGUGACACCGUCUGCCUCAGUCUUGCCUCAGUGCAGUCACAGCAGCAGCAGCAGCAGCAACCAGAGGCAGCAGUGCCUGGAGGAGGACCUUGAUCCGCAGCAGCUGGCCCUUCUUGAGGAGCCUUGCAUCCUGGUGGACGAGGCUGAUGUUCCUCUUGGCUCAGCCUCCAAGCGGCAGUGCCACCUGAUGCAUGGCGGCUCCUCUCCUCUCCACCGUGCCUUCAGUGUCUUUCUCUUCAACUCUGCCGGGGAGCUGCUGGUGCAUCGCCGCGCACACACCAAGAUCACCUUCCCUGGCCACUACACCAACACUUGCUGCUCCCACCCGCUGCACACCCCACGGGAGACCAUCGAGGAGGGUGCUCUGGGGGUGAGGAAUGCUGCACAGAGACGCUUGGAGUUUGAGCUCGGCAUCCCCCAGGAGCAGGCCAGGCCGGGUGACUUCACUUACCUCACUCGCAUCCACUAUGCAAGCCCCUCGGAUGGCAUGUGGGGGGAGCACGAGAUGGACUACAUCCUUUUUCUGCAGAAGGACGUCACUCUCAACCCCAAUGCUAAUGAGGUGGAGGAUGUGCAGUAUGUGAAGAGAGAGGACUUUGAGAGGUUCCUGAGGGGGUUGCAGGAGAACAACAUUCCCAUUACUCCUUGGUUUGCUCUCAUUGCCCAGAAGUUCCUGCCGCUGUGGUGGAAGAACCUAGAUACCCUCGACCAGUUCACUGACCACCACACCAUUCACCAUUUGUUGGAGUGACACCUGCCUGCCUUGUCUGUCACCUGUCUUGCUCUAUCUGCCUGUCCUCUCUUAGCUCAGAGGUUUGGUAGUAAAUCUUUAUUUUUCUACGUUGUACCACUACUCUUCUUACUCCAUACUGGUACUCUGUGGACGUUGAUGACUUUAUUUUCAGAAAUGUACCUAGGCUCAACAAUUUUGAGGUAUCUCGUAUGUUAAAGCUCACAGUUUUAGAGGCAGCACUCUGGCUUGGAGGAGGAGUUGCUAGUCACUGUAUAACCAUCACCUGUUGCAAAAUCUCCCCAAGUUUGAAGGUUUUGUGGAAUAAUAGCAAUUGCACCUGCUCCAGUUUCACUCUAUCACUGCCACUGAUUUUUUUAGUGGAUCAAGAAAUGUUAGUCAAUUGGAUUAUAAGUGUGUACUUGAUGUAGUGCAGUAUUGUUUCUCACUAAGCUUUGUUAGAAGUUUCCAUAAGUUCCAGUUAUUUUGUAAAGCAGAGACUGGUGCCACAAGAUGUGUUGUGACACCAAGGACUUUUUGUUGUUUGAUUGUUACAGCAUUGGUAUAACUUUAACUAGCCUUGUGAUAGAUGGUACAUCUUCACCACCAAAUUAUUAGCAUGUUGCAAAUAUCUACUAAAAGGACUACAGUAGUACCUCGAGAUACGAAUGCCCCAACAUAUGAUUUUACUGAUAUACGAUGAAAAAUUUAAUAUAAUUUACGCCUUGAAAUACGAAGAUAUUUUUAAGAUCGGUAGCGAUCGCUCGGCUACCCACAUCCACCCGAACAUUCAGCCCGCGUUGUGUAUCGUUGUUCGUCCUUUGUGCAUGUAUGUGUCUGUGUUCCUCAGCAUUGUGUAUUUUUUCUUAAGUUUUGUGAACUCAAGACCCCAUAAUCAUGGGUCCCAAAAGUAAAAGUUUGGCAAGAGAAACACAAUAUAGCCUGUAUUCACAUACUGAUUACACUUGGAAAUUCAGUAAACGAGUGAGUACAAAUGGUGUUCUGCCCACAAGCAACUCUUCCUCUUUGCAGUGCAAAAAACCCAGAAGUUUCUAGAUGCUAUGGUUACCAAAAUAUUACAGGUUGAAUGAGGUGGUAUCUUUGGUGUACGUGGCCUUGCGUCCGAUCGGGUUCAGCGGCCUUGGCUAGAGCGAUAGAAAAUGGGCCCCUUGUAUCCUCUCUCUCUCUCUCUCUCUCUCUCUCUCUCUCUCUCUCUGUUCUGAUACCACUCUCAUUCAAAAGUUGUCUCCCCACAACAUGGCAAGAGACCCCAGGUAUAGAAGUAAGGCACGCAGGAGAGGUGGCGGAAUCAGACACCAUGAAAUCAGUGUCGCUCCUACCAUCCAUCGUGAGAGUUGGUGACAUAUAGCAUAUGUUUACUCCUGAUGAGUGUUGCCAGCUCACAGGCAAAGAAAACAGGAAGAAAAUAGCCAAAAUAUAGUCGUAAAAACCCUAAUGCGUGAUGAAUGUCUAUUGACCAGUCCCGAGUUUUGCGGGUUAAGUUGUUAUUUUGGGCAAUAUAGUUAAUUUAUAUCAUGCAUACAAUAAACAUUAUAUUGAUCUUAUAUUAAAUCUAUAUUUGAUUGGUAUUUAAAGCAUGUUAUUUUUUUGGGGUGGUAAAUUCGUAUCACAAUAACGAAUUAAUUCUACUUCCAUUAAUUUCUAUGGGAAAAAUUGAUUUGAUAUACAAUUUUUUUUUAUAUACAACGAUUGUCACAGAACGAAUUAAAUUCGUAUGUUGAGGUACCACUGUACAACAAAGACAUUGAUAACGUUCCUUGGUAUUUUCUAGUUGUGAUAUGUCUCCUUUCAUCCUGUAGAUGAAAGGUGCAGGUUAAGGAAUAAGGGGUUGUGAUCUUACAGCUCAGGUGUGGCAGACCAGCAGUCUUGGCCUCCUGUGUGUGUGUGUGUGUACAUUUGUACAUAAGUGGUUUUGCAGAUAAAGUAAGCUAGAAAUCUUGCACUUCUGUUGAUAUGAACAAAUCCUUGCAACAUGAGACUACUAAUAGUUUGUAAGACACCAUGUAAAGUGAUGGAGAUAAUAACGAAACAAUAUGGAUCAAGAAUAAUGGCUGUGGUUUAGGACUGAUGAUAUGUUAGUACUAGACUUCCUGCAAUGAUAAGAGGAAUGUCAUCUUUCUAUGGAAAUUAAAAUCAGUAUCACUGGAGUAGUGUCAACUCAUGAAAUUUGUCAAUUGACAAUAACACUAAUGAGGAUAAGCAUUUAUUUUAACUGACAGACUGAUUUUGAUUUUCUGUUUCUGUUUCCUGCCCAAAGGUAUGUUCAUGAUAAUUUUGAAAUAUUGCAGAUGAAUGAAAGCAUCACUGUAGCUAUGUGAAACACCUUUAUUCCAAUGUUUCAGCACAGACUUUGCCUCAUGUUAUUUGUUCUCAGCUCCAUGGUAAUGGCAUAGUCUCAGAGCCAAAACACUGGAAUAGAGAUGUUUCAUGUUGUUACACUGGUGGUUCUAUUCAUCUGCAAGAUCUGGUUCCCCAUAGGCAAGCCUGUCUUGGAAAUCAUUCACAGUAGGUAAAACAUUGUACAGGUUGAAAGGUUUUCAUAUUUCCAUGACAUCCUUUAAAGAUAUAUUCAUUUAUUUGUCUUCUGUCAACACACUAGGGACAUACAUAUAUAUAUGGUAGAGUUCAGGAUAUACCUGUUUUACAUACCUGUUCUCAGUAAAUAGUUUUUUCCCUUUGUUGUUGUCAUGGUGAAUGGUUUCUGGCUUAAGGUUAUUGUGUAUACUACUUGAAUUAUUGGGCUAUGGCACAAUCUAACCAUUCUCUGAUCAACAAAAACUAAUCUCAAAGAAUAGAUAAAAUUUGUGAUGAGUUACUCCAUCGCGUGUAAAUCAAAAUAAUAUUUUUUUAUACCUUAAAAAUCCUGAAUGCUCAUUUACCUUCCCCUGUAACAUACACACAAACUUGUAAACCAUGGGAGAUCCAAUACUGCAUGUUCAGUUAUAGUAUGAACAUAACUCAUGGCAACCCUUAUUUCCAUUAUGCAACUCCUGACUAGAUGCUCUACAUGCUGACUUGAACAUGUCAGUAGUCCCUAAAGUUCCCUCCCUCCACUCACUCACUCACCUUACACAUCUAAAAACAUGAUAAACUUUGGCAUUCAGAAAAAAAAAAAAAAAAGAUAUGAACAGCAGACAUUAGAAACUAACCGACAUGUGUACCUUUCAAAUCAAGCAAUGACAGCAGCACACCACCACCUGUGUGGCAUUCAUAACUGCUCCUGUUUUACCUACAUUCUAACAUUACAAGCCGACAUUGCAGCAGGAGUGGUAUAAAUAUGCUUAUCAUCACACAGGCAAUAUUAUAGAUAAAAUAAUUCCAUUAUUAGGAUACAUCAUGGGUUCCGUCCAUGAUAGUCUUCAGUUACAAAAUAAAUGUGUGUGUGUGAUAUUGAACUAAUUUGCUGGUGAUUGUGACAGAAUCCUGCCUGAUGCCCCCAUAAUGCAUGUUUCUGUGACACAGUCCAUAAGCUACUAAAAAAUAUCAAUAAAAAAGAAAAAACAUAACUUAA